AGUUAAUAUCCUCGCCCCGCUGCAGGAGAGAGGUCACCUGCUGAGCGAAUUCCUCGUCUCAACACGAUGGACUGAGGGCCUUUCUAAAGCCCUCCCUUUUUAAAAAAAAAGCACAGGUCACAGGUCAAACGACACCCGCCAAAGCUGAACUCAUGGAUUGGAAAUUCCUGGAGGGUCUUCUCAGCGGAGUCAACAAGUACUCCACCGCCUUCGGACGCAUCUGGCUCUCGGUGGUCUUCGUCUUCCGGGUGCUGGUCUUCGUGGUGGCCGCCGAGCGGGUCUGGAGCGACGACCAGGGACACUUUGACUGCAACACCCGCCAGCCGGGUUGCACCAACCUCUGCUACGACUACUUCUUCCCCAUCUCCCACAUUCGCCUGUGGGCUCUGCAGCUCAUCUUCGUCACCUGCCCCUCCUUCAUGGUGGUGCUGCACGUUACCUACCGGAAGAAGCGGGACCGCGAGUACCGGGCCAAGCACGGGGAGGACACCGGGCUGUACGACAACCCGGGCCAAAAGCACGGCGGCCUGUGGUGGACGUACCUGGGGAGCCUCUUCAUCAAGACCGCCUUCGAGAUCACGUUCCUCUACCUGCUGCACCGCGUCUACGACAGCUUCCGGCUGCCCAGGAAGGUGCAGUGCGACGUCAAGCCCUGUCCCAACCUGGUGGACUGCUACAUAGCCCGGCCCACCGAAAAGACCGUCUUCACCUACUUCAUGGUGGGGGCGUCCGUCGUGUGCGUGGUGCUCAACAUUUGCGAGAUCUUCUACCUGGUGGCUUUCCGGAUGGUGACCCUGAAGAGGACGGGCAGCGUCCGCACCUCGUCCAGGAAGGUCCACCCCAGCGCGGACUGCAAGUCCUCCGUUGCCUCUUAAAAGGCAAUCAAUAAUUGUGGUUAUAGGCCUCUAGCUGACGCACAAUUGGGUGUUUCUUUUUUCCCCUUUGAGGGCACAUUCAUUUAAAAAGUCAAGCUGAACAGGGUCUUCUUCUCUUUUUGUAAGAAACAGUAUGCUUCGUAAGGGUAUUAGAUUAUUUUUUUCCAUUGAUCUAAAGAUCACAUUACAGAUUUUGUCCAUGAAAAAACAAUUAAACCUGACAUCAUUUGUUUUUUGUAUUCCCCAAGAAUAACACAAAUUGUCAAAGCACUGAAAACAUUUCCAACUACACAAUAAAAACCGAGCAUGGAUAAGAUCUACCAACUCCACCUUCAUUUCUCCACCUGGUGGCACCACACCGUCAUUGUGCCACAUGCAGAGAACCUGGGAAUCAGUUCAACUGGGGUGCGCAUUAUGUUUGUACUGCUCAGCCAAUUAAGCAUGUAUACAAAAUUCCUAACUUGUAUUUACCAUUCUGCUCUUUCACCCGGUCAUCAGAUCUUAAUAAAGCCCACAGCUGUCUGUCAUGUUUGUUUCUGCUCGUCUUUCAUGGAC